CUUAUUUUGUUUUAGAAAUUAAAACAUUUCAUACGUAAAUACCGUUUCGCUUUUUGGUAAAGUUUCACAUAAAACUUACUUAUCGCGUUAAUAAUACCAAACUGAAGUAGUGAUGAGAAUAAAAUUCUUUGUGGAAGCAAAAUAAAUGCAUGAGAUGCCCGAACUUGUAAGAAUUCUAUUACCUGGCUUACCCCAAACCAACACGGAUGUUUUCUUUAAAGGCUAUAUUAAAGUUGCUGAUAAAAAUUGUAUAACAAUCUUCAUUACCACAUAUGAAAUUAAUCCAAAAAUUAUACCUCUAAAACAUGUCAGUAAGACGGUUAUUUAUGGAUACAGAACUGAUAAUUUAUCUGAAAAUAAAUAUAAGAGAAGUGAAAGCUAUUUAAUAAUAAAUAAAAAUGAUCUUCCUGAGAUAAAAUGUUUAGUUAUAAAUGGUAAAAAGAAAACUAACACUGACUGUAUCAUAAUGUUAUAUGAUUACAAUAAACUGUGUAACUCGGAAACAAUAAGUGCUAGUGAAGAUUACUUUUCAACGUUACAAACUUUGAUCCAUAAAGAUCUCGGUGACUAUUCUAGAAAUAUAUGUGAUGAGCCUGCUUUUACAAAUAGCAAUUGGUUCACUUCUUCCAUGUUUGUACAGCAUGUGCAUAACUACAUUUAUUUAGUAAGAUGGCUUUUAAGUACAGUAAGGAAUAAAAGACGGGUUUCGAUAAAACAAGGAAACUUAAUACUUGCUAUACUAGUGGAUAUAAUUCUCGGAUAUUUAAUCCUACAAUUGCUCAUUCCAGAUAAAAAAUACCUCGGUAAUAUACUGAUGGGCUUUUUGGAGAAAUUAGUAAACUUAAUGUACUCAUUACUUAAAUGGCUUAUGGGUGCUCCUGCUGGUCUAAAAUUAAAUAAUGCCUUUAAUAAAAUGUUAGGAAAAUAUUUUUUGUAUCAUGUUGAAUUGUGGUGGCUGUUUAUUGAUGUGUCUGGUGAAAAAUUGGACAUUGUAUUGAAUUUAUAUCAAUAUCUGGGUUAUUUAGGCUUCACCUUUCAAGCAGCGGUAAUAUCUGACAUGAUUUGUUUGGCCACAUUCCACUCAUACUGUAUCUAUGUAUAUGCAGCUAGAUUGUUUAACAUACAAAUAUCUGGCUUAAUAGCCUUGUUGAGAUUGUUUGUUGGUAGAAAGUAUAAUCCGCUAAGAGGUGGCAUAGAUUCCUGUGAAUAUUCAAAUCAAGAAUUAUUUGUUGGGACAGUUGCAUUUACAAUAUUGCUUUUAUUACUUCCAACAACUGUUAUGUACUACAUAGUUUUUACGAUGUUUCGAGUUUUGUCUCUCUCGGUGCAGUAUAUUUUAGCAAAAAUUAUAUACACAAUACAAAUACUUCCUCUUUAUAUAAUAGUCCUUUGGCUAACACAGUCUCCUAAACUAGCAGGAAAUAUUUUUAUUGAAGAGAUGAAAAAUAAAAAGAAAUCACAACUGGUUCUCAAAGUAAAGUUAUUUAACAAAUCCUUCCAAGACAUCAUGAAGAAUUUUAGACCACCAGUCCAUGUAUCGAAACAUGUGGAAUGGAGUAAUAUAGUUUCAAGUAUUUUUACAGGAAAACAGAUUAUAUAGGUGAUUGAAUGUAUAAAAUAAAACAAAAUUGCCUUGA